AUGUCAACAAGAGCCAAAAGUCAACAAAUGCACGUGUGUUGGGGCGACUGUUUUCUUUAUAUUCACAUUCACAUAGAAUAGUUCUCAAAACCCGUACCCGCACCCGUAAAUAUUAAAAAAGCAGCCUCCAUGGGUCUAACAAAGCAAUAUCUGGCCUAUAAGCCAGUGUCGAGCUUCAACAUAAUCGCGAGUGUUCGGGCAAACGUAUCGUUUGUCACGAUCAACCAUGUCGUGGGUCGGUACGUUGUGGUGGCCGCCGCAGAGAAGGUGCUUGUGUGGGACAUGAGAAUCGGCGAGAAGGUGGUAGAAUUUGUUCGCGAUAAACAGGAAGUAACCUUCUUACGCACCAGCCCGGACCAUAAGCACCUCGCAGUGGGUUAUUCCGACGGCGUGGUGGAGCUAUUCAGUUUCGAGAGCAAAGAAUCGGUCUGCAGCUUCGCUUCGCAUCGUUCCGCCGUCAGUGCGCUAAAUUUUGAUCUGCUCGGACUGAAGCUUGUCUCCGGUGGGCUGGACAACGAUCUGGUCGUGUCGGAUGUGGUGGCCCAGUCGGGAAAAAGUCGUCUAGCGGGCCAUACAGCGCCGAUAACGCAGGCAUGCUUCAUGCAACGUUACAAUGACAUCGUCGUGUCCAGUUCCAAAGACACGCAGAUUAAGUUUUGGAACAUUGAGACCCAGUGUUGCUUCAAGACGAUCGUAGACCAUCGUACCGAGGUGUGGGGUAUCGUGCUUAUGCGCAACGACGACUUUCUCGUAUGUGCCACGGCCGAUACGCAACUUUCCGUGUACAAAUUAUCAGCCAUUACGGAUGAACCCACCGCCUCGGUGCAACAUUCGGACGAAAGCGAAAGCACCGUCAGCCCGUUCCGAUGUACGGCGGCCGGCAGUAUACAGCGGGCAGGACACGGUCGCACAAUUAAUCUCGUAACCGACGCCAACGGACAGGUGCUCGGAUGUCACGGUACAGACCGAAAGAUUGAACUGUUCUAUUUUUGUUCCCAGGAGGAAUCUAUGAAGAAGCUUACAAAGCGCAUGAAAAAGCUGAACACAAGCAAAGGCAACACGGAAGUGGGAGGACGGGAGAGCGAUGCCCGACAGCUGGCACUGACCGAUGAAGUCAGGCGUCUACCCACGAUACCGACACCGGAAAAGGUCAAAUCGUUCGACCUAAUAUUGGGUAGCCGCAAUAAGCUGCGUAUCUGUUGUACGUUUUUGAAAAAUCUCGUGCAGCUGUUUUCGCUCGAUCUAGACACUAAAAACGCCGAGCCCGAGACGUUGUAUGCGCUGCAAAAGCAGGGACACGCUUCCGAAGCACGCAGCGUAUCGUUUAGCUCGGACAAUCUGGCAAUCGCAUCCGGCAGUGCGGAAUCACUCAAGUUGUGGAGUCGCGCAUCCCAAACCGUUUUGCGCACGGUCGAGACGGGUGGGUACGUGGUAAGCACCUGUUUCGUGCCGGGCGAUCGGCACGUGCUGGUGGGUUUAAAAUCCGGCCAACUGCUCGUGGUGGACGUGGUUCCGGGUGAAGUGAUUGAAUGCAUCGAAGCACACGAGAAGGAGCUGUGGAGCAUCAUUCUCACGCCGGACAGGCAUGGGUGUGUUAGCGGUGGUGGUGAUACGACGGUCAAGUUCUGGUCCUUUGAGCUUAUAGGCGGCAGUGGACAGGAGCCGAAAGUGCUCUCUCUGCUGCACAAAAACACACUCAAGCUAGAGGAAACUGUGCUGUGCGUAAGAAUUUCCCAGAACGGCAAGUACAUUGCGGUCGCGCUGCUGGACACUACGGUGAAAAUAUUCUUCAUGGACAGUUUGAAAUUUUACCUGUCGCUCUACGGCCACAAGCUGCCCGUUUUAACGAUGGACAUUUCGUACGAUUCAACGCUCAUCAUAACGGGAUCCGCUGAUCGAACGAUCAAAAUUUGGGGAAUGGAUUUCGGCGACUGCCAUCGUUCGCUGCUGGCCCAUGACAAUACCAUCACGGCGGUUCAGUUCAUUCCCAACACGCACAUGUUCUUCUCCUGCGCGAAGGACGGGAAACUGAAGCAGUGGGAUGCGGACAGUUUCCAGAAGAUCAUCACGCUGCCGGGACACUUGGGUGAAGCGCACGCGCUUGCGAUCAGUCCGAAUGGCAAGUACAUCGUGAGCUGCGGUUCCGACCGGACCCUUCGGCUGUACCGGCGCACCGACGAGCCACUCGUGCUGCAGGACGUGCAGGAAGAAGAGCGAGAGGAGCUAGAAAACGCAACACUGGCCACUGGCGAAGAAUCGACCGUGCCCGGUUUGCCGGGGCUCAAGCUUCCAUCAAAGAAAACAAUCGGCUCCGAGAAGGGAGCGGAAAAUAUUCUCGAGUGUCUCGAGGUUAGCAAGCAGUACGACGAGGAAGGUGGGAAAGGGCCGCUGCCACCGCUAAUGUUCGCUUAUUCGGUUUCCAACACGGAUGAGUUUCUGCUGACUGUGCUAUCGCGCAUUCGUGCGAGCGACCUAGAAGAAUCACUGCUCCUGCUACCCUUCAAUGCCGUGUGUGAGCUGCUGGAAAAGAUGCCGAAGCUGACGACCACGCGGAAGGAUCAAACGGAGCUGAUCUGUAAGGUGGUGCUGUUUCUGUUCCGCAUACACCAGAAGCCGAUCGUAAGCAAUCAGGUGCUCCUGCCCGUCAUACAAAAGAUCGUACAAACGCUGCAGGGAGCGGUCGGAGAGCUGCGGGAUAUGGUUGGGAUAAACCUGCAUGCGGCCCAGAUGUUGCAGCGCGAGCUGGAAGAACACGAUGGGUGUGUGUUGUUCCGCGAUGCAACAAAACAGCGACACCAGCGCAAUCGGCAACGGAAAAGGCGGGAAGCUUCGAAGCGCAAGUUACUCCAGAUAGUGAAGUAGUUCAUGUUCGGUUCGCAAGCUUUGCAAGGUUAUUCAAUAAACGUUUACGAAUGGGUGUUCCGCAGAUUG